AUGGCCAUAACCGAAUCAAUGACAACGGCGAAACGAAACGAGGAGUCGUAUUUGACGUAUUCUGCAGUCAAGGGGUAUUUCCUUCAGGAUGAAGAAGAUACAGAUGCUAGUAGAUUCGACUACGUCGCGAAGAAUUUUGGCCUCAUUAACCGGAAAUACGAUUAUGAAGAGGGGCUAUCUGCAAGGCAUAAAGGGCAUGAAGAUGCAGCUGAAGAAACAAAGCCGAUGACGCAAUGGGCCGGGUUUGAGCAACAAGUUCGUACAUUGAACGGCGAAGCAGGACCUAAUGUUCAAUACAAGGUUCUCUACCUCGGUAGACACGGCGAGGGCUUCCACAACGUUGCUCAAAACUGGUAUGGAGAUGAGGCCUGGGAUUGCUACUGGUCCAUGCAAGAUGGAAACGAAACAUCAACCUGGUCCGACGCAAAACUCACCGAAGUCGGCAAAGCUCAAGCUCAGACAGCACAUGACGCCUGGUGGAAACAGAUUGAAAAUGAGAUCCCAUUCCCAGAAAUUUUUUAUGUUAGUCCGUUGAAUAGGUGUUUGCAGACGGCUUUUAUUACGUUUUAUGGGUUGGAGAAGGAUAUUGUUAAGCCUUUUACGCCGACUGUUAAAGAGGAAUACACACCUGCGACCGUCGCUCGAGCAAAUCAGAUAUUCAAAGAGAAUACCCAGACUACAUUAUCGAAGAGGGCUUUACUGAAGAAGACGUCUUAUGGAAGCCUAAACACCGCGAAUCAGACUCUAUGCGUAACGCACGCAUCAAGGGUUUCCUUGAUGAUAUAUUCACCGCUAAUAGCAACAAUGACAAACACUUUAUUUCUGUAACCGCGCAUUCAGGCGCCAUAACGGCGGUUCUACAGGUCAUCGGACACAGACACUUUCCCUUGCAGACUGGUGGAGUUAUUCCGGUUCUUAUAAAGGCUGAAAGAGUCGCUGGUAGAGAGCCAGAGACGAUUAUUGAUCCUCCUACUGGUGUGCCAGAAUGUAAAAGUGACCCGUUAGCGAAGGGGCCGUUGCAGGUUAGGGAAGUGGUUGAUUUAUGAUUUUUGGGAUCUGCUAUUUAUUGGUUUGAUAGAUUUUCUCAUCAUCAUAAUCACUAU